CGUUCCCCCGUGUCCGUGCGCUCAGGGUCGGCUGUGAAGCAAGGCGCAGGUCUGGUGGUUCCUCCCGAGAGCCGACACGGCGGUGGCAGCCCUGCAGCCGUGGCUGUGCCAUGUGCUGGUGCGUGCGUCGUGCACCAGAGCUCUGCUGCUGGAAGGGGCGUUCCCGGUGUCCCGGGGCAGGGCGAGAUAAAAGCGAGCGCGCUGGCGUUUCUGGGGGCAGGUGAGGGGGUUGGUGCUUGAGGCCGGCGGCGGGUACUGCGACAGGGAUGAAGCUCAGCGCCCCUCUGUGUAGCCCUCCUGCCUUUCCAAACGGGGUGUGGACGGGGCCAUCUGAAUUCCUUGCCCGCUCCGUGGCUGGUUUGCAGCAGCGUUGUUCUGCGAUAGGGCCGCGGUGUGCAGCGCCCCGGCGGUAGCGCCGUGCUCGUGGCAGGCAGCGUGCCGUCGCUCUGCCUGUGGCAUGGCUCCAGCUCCUGGCCCUUGUCACGCAGCCGGGCACCCGCGGAGCACGCCGCGCCUUCUGCAGGUGCCCGUGGACUUCUCUUGUUCUGUUACGGAGGUGGGAUCUGCAGGGUGACUGUGUGGUUCGUUCCUUCUGCUGAGGACAGCCGGCUGGUGUCAGCUCCUGCGGAGGCGCCCCCGGUGCGGCCCUGGCGCAGGCCACAGCGGCGGGCUGUGGUUGCAGGGCCCAGGACUGUUACGGGAGCUCCUGUCCCGCAGGUGGGAAGUGACCGACAGGUCCGGUUUGGCCGUGACUCAGUGUGUGACAUGGAGUCGCCUAGCCCGUGUCUGCCUCAGUCCUACCUGGUAGGUGUGAGACGCGAGCGGGGCUCUGCUCAGCGCGCCAGCUGCGUCCCGCGGGGCUGCGGUCAGGUCUCGGAGCUCUGCGCGGUUGCGGGGGCGCAGCAAGCGGCUGGGCGCUUCUUCCUUCCAAGAGCACAGGUUUGCCCUUGUCUGGCUGGCCUGUUGGAGGCACGCUGGUGAUCCUGUAUGGGUCUGCAGGCUCGCAGGGGAGGCAGCGGUUUCUCUGGUUUCUCUCGUGCCUUGGAGAAGAUGGGAUGGGACCCUGGCUGCCUUCGUGCCACGUCCUGCUCCGAACAUAGAAGCUGCUCAGCUUGAAAAUAACCGCUUAUCAGAGUACAUGACUUUGUCUUUGUGUUUCUUAAAACUGCUGAUGCACGGUAGAAAAGCACUGAGGUAACAUCAUCGAGAGAGCUCUGCCGAUUGCCUGCCCAGGUAGAGCUCCGCGGGCAGCGCAGGGGGCAGGAGGGAGCCCCGGGCUCUGCGAGCUCCUCCUGCUGCCAGAGCCGCUGCCUUUCCGUGCACAUCCCCGAGCUCAGCACAGGCACAAGCCGUGCCCCCUGGCCAGCCUGCCAGGCGUUGGUGCUACCGCAGAGAAAGCGUGGCAAGCUCUGCACCCUUGCUGCUCGAAGGCAAUGCAGGUGGCUGCGUAUAGAUGAGGCUGUCCAAGAUGUUUUUUUAGUGGUCUUGAUCCACUUUCUUUUCCCUUCUAGUAAUGCAAAAUCCUUUAUUUCUUUCUUCUUUCCACCAGGAGCUAGUUGUAACUAAGACGCAGCUAAAAUGACCACCUGGGGCUGAAUCAGGGUUUCAGUUAGGCACUGGAAUAGCAAACUUAGGCAUGAGAUAAACUAUCCAUAGAGAUUUGGGUAGUUGUUGUGUUGAGAAAACAUCUGUAAGGUGUUACUUCGUUAUGGUUGAUUCUUUGCUGGGCCUUGGAAGGUGAACCGCAAGAUUUCUUGGGUCUUUCCAACCUUCCUUCCCGUGUUCCAGGAGCCUCGAUGGCCUUGGUGGGGGGAAAUGCUCACUGCUUGGUAAGGCCUCUGUCUCGGUGAAGUAGGAAUGAAGUAUGUCUGCUCCCCGCCUUCUCUUACCAGGGUCAUCUUGUCAUUUCUCUAAUUUACCUCAGGCUUGGGUACCGGGGUCCUUGUGAUCUCUGGAGUUAGAGCUAAACCCGUCACGCUGAAACCACCGACGGUCCGUGCUGUUGGUACUAAGGAGGGGUGGUGUAUGCGAACGCUGGUUUUCCUUUGCUUUUACAGGUAGGGCAUAAAUGUGUCAUAACCCUCUGGCUGAGAAAAUGCAGAUCAAAGGUUUUCUGUUGUUACCACGGGAUGGUGACGCCUUCUGCAGAUAAGGCCUGAGAAGCGUGCGGUGUCAGCACACCGAGGUGGCUCACCAGUCAGUCUCAGGUGGGCCUGAAACCAGGAAAUACUUAAACCAUGAGUUUUACCAAAAUUUAAAAGCCACAGAAUUGAAAUCCCGGGAAGGCUGAUGAGCUCUUACUCCCCAGGAGUACGUCACCAGCUUCUGAAUCCUUUGCCAGUAGCACACUUUAAAAUACGACCUAGUCUUCCUGGAAGAGCGCAGGACUCGUGCGCCAGCCUCUGUUGGUGGGAAGGAAGAUGGGGCACCGGGUCUAGGCUGACACCUGAACGUGGCCCCCGGGUCAGCAGCAGCCGGCCAGGGGAGUCUUGCUGAAGGGAGGAGGGUUUUGGGGAUGCUGUGUGUGGCUGGCGGAGGAGCAGCGGUGCGGAGGCGCGGGCUGAUUUCACCACGCCAUGGCCGAGCGCGGCAGCGCCCAGCGGCAGCCUCCAGACUCCACACUGAGCGCCGCGCUCCUCAGCGCCGGGCACGUCCUCGCAGCGAGACUCCUGAGCUGGGAGAGGGACGAGAAUGAGAAGCACGAGAAGCUCCGCCUGGAGCGAGAGCAGGAGCAGCGGAAGGCCAGCGCGCCGCGGGCCAACCACGCCGUCCCCCUGGAGGAGCCGCGGGGCGAGCUGCUGGUGCCCAUCUCGCCCCCCGCCCCGGCCCCGCCGCCGCCCCCGCCGCUGGCAGCCCCCAUCUCCGUCAUCCCCAUCCCGGUCGUUACCAGCCCCCCGCAGCCGGCAGCCCAGGCCGCGCUGUCCCCGCCGCUCGUGCAGCGCCACCAGCCCCUCGUAAGCACUCCCGGCGUCACCAAGGAAGCGCCUUCGGUGGCGCCGGUCAUCCAGCGGCCGCCGGGCCCGCUCCUCGCGGACGGGAAGGCUGCAACCCCGCCGUCGGGCAGCCCCAAGCAGCUCCAGCACUACGCGGCGCCGGUCCUGGCCAUCUCCCAGCACCAUGUGGUUCAGCAGCCGAUCCAGCCCCAGCCUCACCAGCCCCUGCAGCACCCGGGAGCAGCCCCGCAGCUCGGCGCCCUGAAGCUGGCUCCGGCGGAAGAUGUGAAGCCAAACGAGCAGAAGAAGCGGCCCGGAGGGGUUGGGACCAGGGAAGUACAUAAUAAAUUGGAGAAGAACAGACGUGCGCAUUUGAAAGAAUGCUUUGAGACAUUAAAACGCAACAUCCCCAACGUAGACGACAAGAAGACCUCAAACCUCAGCGUCCUAAGGAGUGCCUUGCGAUACAUCCAGACUUUAAAGAGAAAGGAAAAAGAAUAUGAACACGAGAUGGAGCGGCUGGCAAGAGAGAAGAUUGCUACCCAGCAGCGACUGGCAGAAGUAAAGAACGAGUUGAGCCAGUGGAUGGACAUCAUGGAGAUUGACAGAAUUAUUCGACAGACAGUUCAGCCAGAGGAUGACCAGGCAUCUACCUCGACAGCAUCAGAGGGUGAAGACAACAUGGAUGAAGACAUGGAAGAUGACAGGCCAGUGAACUCAUUACCAAAACUAACCCAGCGCCAGCACCCAGAGCUCCUGAAAGCCGUCCCUUCAAAUGCUGCUUCCCAUCACCCAGCAGUUUUGCCUCAGCACCUGUCUAUCCAGCAGAAGCAAACCCCGGCCCACGCACAGCCUCCCAUCCAGACACAAGCACUGGUCCAGCCGCAGGCGAUCGUCCCAGCACAGACUCACAUCGUGGCGGCUUCGACAGUGCAAUCGACUGUUAUUGCCCACACCGCCACUACCCACGCUUCGGUCAUUCAGACUGUCAACCAUGUGAUUCAGGGUCCACAGACCAAGCACAUUGCUCACAUUGCACCUUCCACGUCCAGCCCUGUGCAACUUACCACUGCUGCUCAGCCUAUCGGCCACAUCACUGUGCACCCAGCCACCAUCAACCACAUGGCCCACCUCGGCCAGCAGCUGCCCAUCUACCCUCAGCCCGUGGCCGUCAGCCAGCCUGUGGUGAGCCACAUCGCUCACACUAUCUCUCACCAGCAAGUGAAUGGAACCACAAGCCUUGGCCAGCAAGCGGUGAUGGCCAAGCCUGCUGUAGGAACCCAAGUUGUCCAUCACCCGCAGUUGGUUGGGCAGACGGUCCUAAACCCGGUGACUAUGGUGACCAUGCCAUCAUUCCCAGUGAGCACACUGAAGCUGGCCUAGAGAGGAUCGUCCGAUGGCAAAGUCGUUGUUGGGAACCUUUCCUAAACUCCAUACAUUCCAACCACGUCCGACUCCGCGGGAGGGAAGUGCAGAAAACUCAGAGUGGCGGGGUGCGCGGGGCUGGGGCUGGCUCAGCCGCCCAGCCACGAGCCUGCCGGUGAUAGCGAGACGGGGCCGCUCUGCACUUGAGUUUUGCUAAUCCGAGAAAACUUCAAAGACAGUUGUUCAUGGUGAUUUUUUUUCCUUUUAUGUGUAAUCAGUGAAAUAUGGAUAUGAUGUUCUUAAGACUUUAAUUUUCCCCUUUUAUGUGUUGCUUCUUUGUAGAAUAAAAUUGCUGAUCUCUUUAUUGAGACAUUGCGUAGAAUGGGAAAAAAUCAUAGAAGUCUAUAUUUAUAUAUAUGUGUGUAUGUGUGUGUAUAUAUAUGUAUAUACAUAUAUAUAUAAAUAUAACAUUUGAAGAAGGCCUUUUGUAAGGUUGAUUAUUUUGCAGGAUUAUUAGACAAAAUUCAUUUUUGGAGGAAGAAGACAGAGUGUCCUCUCUAAACAAGAAACUUUAAGAUAGAUGGUUUGGUGGACCAGGGUACAUAUACAGUGACAAAAAAAAAUGCGUUGAAGGUAUUUCCCGUCAAUAUAUUAUAUUUCAAAAAAACAUCUAAAAUCACUGUGACUUGUUAUGGCAUUUCAAGGAAAUUCUCUGUCCUACCUACUGAAAGGAAAAAGGCAAAGACGCCAGGAGGCCUGCAUGGAUGAUCAAGAAGCUCCUGGACAAACUCAAACAUAAAAAGGAAGCCUACAGAGGGUGGAAGGAAGGACAGGUAGCCUGGGAGGAAUACAGAGGAAUUGUCUGAGCAGCCGGAGAUCAGUUUAGGAGAGCUAAAGCCCUGUUAGAAUUAAAUCUGGCCAGGGACAUUAAGGGCAACAAGAAAAGUUCUGUAGAUACAUUGGUGAUAAAAGGAAGACGAGGGAAAAUGUGGGCCCUCUCCAGAAGGAAUCGGGAGACCUUGAAGGUUGAGGCACUCAGUGACUUUUUUGCCUCAGUCUUCACCGGCAGGAGCUCUAGCCAUGCUGUCCAAGUCCCAGAAGGCAAAGGCAGGGACUGGGAGGAUGAAGAACUGCCCAGUGUAGGAGAAGAUCAGGUUCGAGACCAGCUAAGGAACCUGAAGGUGCACAAGUCCUGGGACUUGAUGAGGUACAUCCAUGAGUCCUGAGGGAACUGGCAGAUGAAGUUGCUAAGCCACUAUCCAUCAUAUUUGAGAAGCUGUGGGAGUCUGGUGAAGUUCCCACUGACUGGAAGAGGGGGAACAUAACCCCCAUUUUUAAAAUGGGAAAAAGGAAGACCCAGGGAGCUACAGGCCAGUCAGUCUCACCUCUGUGCCCAGCAAGAUCAUGGAGCAGAUCCUCCUGGAAAUAAUGCUAAGGCACGUGGAAAACAAGGAGGUGAUUGGUGACAGCCAGCGUGGCUUCACUAGGGGCUAAUUGUGCCUGACAAACCUGGUGGCCUUCUGUGAUGGGGUUACAGCGUUGGUGGAUAAGGGAAGAGCAACUGACAUCAUCUACCUGGACUUGUGCAAAGCAUUUGGCACUGUCCCACACAAUGUCCUUGUCUAUAAACUGGAGAGACAUAGCUUUGAUGGAUGGAUCACUUGGUGAUGAAGGAAUUGGAUAUGGAUGGGCAUGCUCAAGGAGUUAUGGUGAGCAGCUUGAUGUCCAAGCUGAGAACAGCAAUGAGUGGUGUUCCUCGGGGGGAGUACUAGGACUGGUGCUGUUUAACAUCUUUGUCGGCAACAUGAACAGUGGGAUCGAGUGCACCCUCAGCAAGUCUGCCAACAACCCCAAGCUGAGUGGUGCGGCCGACACGCUGCAGGGAAGGGAUGGCAUCCAGAGGGACCUGGGCAGGCUGAGAGGUGGGCCUGGGCGAACCUCGUGAGGUUCAACAAGGCCGAGCGCAAGGUCCUGCAUUUGGUUUAGGGCAGUCCCAAGCACAAACACAGGCUGGGUGGAGAAUGGAUUGAGAUCAGCCCUGAGGAGAAGGACCUGGGGGUUCUGGUGGACGAGAAGCUCGACAUGAGCCGGCAAUGCACUUGCAGCCCAGAAAGCCAGCCGUACCCUGGGCUGCACCAAAAGCAAUGUGGGCAGCAGGGCGAGGGAGGGGAUUGUCCCCCUCUGCUCUGCUCUCAUGAGACCCCACCUGGAGCCUGCGUUCAGCUCAGGCCCCCAGCACAAGAAGGACAUGGACCUGUUGGAGUGGGUCCAGAGGAAGGACACGAAGAUGAUCAAGGGGCUGUGGGCAACCUGAUCUAGUGGGACAUGUCCCUGGCCAUGGCAGGGGGGUUGGAACUGGAUGAUCUUUAAGGUCCCUUCCAACCCAAACUAUUCUAUGGUUCUUUGAAUACACAACCGGACUUCAUUUGUUGCAGUUUUAUAAAUGACUUGAUUUUUAUAGCUAUGUCAAAAAAAAAAAAAGUUUUUUAUUAUUUUAAUGAAUGACAGUGUUUUGUUCGGACGUUUUUGGUGGGGUUUGUUUUCUGGUUUGGCUUGGUUUUGCUAAUGCAAUAAUUGGUUUUGCAGAACUCCGUGCUUGGCCCUCCCAGUUUCAGGAUUCCUUGUGCCAGUCCCAAGCCCCAGGUUUCUUGUUUUUUUUUUUUUUUUUUUUUUUUUUUUUUUUUUACAGAGGCAGACACUUUGUGCUAGCAACUUGCAAUGUGUUCAUCUGGCCUGAUAGAAUGGAAUUUGGGACAAGAAGACCAACGGAAAUUGAAUUGAUUUGCUGCAUGGGUUACUUUUCUUUGUUAGUUUGUUCCUGAACUGACCACACUUUAGUGUGGAAGUUAAUGGAUUAGAGAAGGGAUAAAUGUGCAUGUGAUAUCUUCCAAAGUGCAAGCAAUUUUGACAUCUUUUUUUCUUUUGGGGAAAAAAAUAGUCGUGUGUAGGAUAACAGUAUAGUCCACAAACUCAGUAUGCAUAUCCUGACAGUGAGUCUUACAGACUACAGUGAGACGUGCACCAAAGAAACCCCACAUCCUAAGUAACCAUCUUGUUCCAUCUUUUCUGGUAGCGAGGUCAGAUCUCAUUGCAGUUAAUGGCAAACUCCCAAUGAGGUGAGGGAUACUGAUUGCUGGUCCCUGCCAGGCUGCCUGGGAGGUUGCUUUGGAUGUGUUUUAUUGCUGACUGAAUAUUCUGCUCCUUGCACUGUUCUGUCUGUAUUGCUACUGUUCAUGAUCUUUCUGUUCCUUGCACCAUUUUGCAUGUAGUAUUACUAUUAACGUUCUAUUUUCCAUCUUCCUCUCUUCCUAAAACCAAAAACUCUGCAGUCCUUAAUGCAGGUAAAAUUCCUGUUGUAGCCAGGGGACGUUCUCCUUGAGGCAGGAUGAGAGGAUGGUCCCUCCUAGCAUCCAACCAGUUACACUUCGGAAAUGACACCCAUUCAGAGGAGGAGGUAAGAUGGGGUUGAGCAGUCAUGAGACCACCUUCACUGUGCUAGCCAGCUAAAUCUACUUUUGAGUUAAGAUCUUCCACAGGAAAACUUGAUCUGUAGUCUGUCCAAAAUGCCUGUCAGCUCCAGCAGAACUUUAGCUUGGUUGUGGACUGCUGUUAACAGUGGCAGGGGUAAAUUAAAAAAAGCUUGCCAGUUCUAGACUGUCCAUACUAUAGUUGAAACUGUGCUGGAGGUGGCAGUAAUUACUGCAAACAGAAAUCAAGUGUGACUGUGCCUUCUGAGCAGUCAUGGCUGAAAAUUGCAUUAAAUCUGUAUUUAUUAAGCUGUGGGUUGCUCAGUAGUUAGUACUGGUUUUGUUUGUUUUUUCUUUCCUUGCAUCCUCAAGUCCAGGAAGCUUUUGCUCAUGUUGCUAGCACAGUUUCUACAGCAGAAUGGACAAAUCUUUAAGGAUUCCUUAUCCUUGAACCACAUUUAAAUAGGUUGUUCAUUCUCACAUUUAGUCUGCCAUUAAUGCUAUGGGGAAAAGGGAGUCACCAGAGCUUUAUUGUCUCCCUUGUACAUUCAGGUGCUUGGCCAAGAGAGCUAUGUUUUGUGUGCCAGUGAGAGCCUUUAGGUGGUAUUUCUGGAGAUGGGUGUUUGAAACCAGGACAGUUAUUCUUCAUCAGAGACACUUGAAAAAGGAGUAUUUGCAGCAGGGUCAUCUCCCUUCCUAGGCAGAACUGCAUGGCUUUGUCUUCUGCAGCUGUGUUAGGAGGAGGAGGAAGCAGCUUUCUGUCAUUCUUUCCUGUUCCAAUUCAUGGAGCCAUGCAAAAUAACAAAAUCAAGGCAGAAAGUCUAAUUUCUGGCCAACAAUGGCUGAGCUUAUUGAAGAAGAAAAAUCCCUGCUUGGGAAGUGGAGCUUAGCAGUGCAUGGCUGCUGCGAGCACAACAGCAAAUGGGCACCGAGAGUGAGCCCCCUCCUCCCCAGGACAUCGUUCCCCUUUUGGAGGUGUUGACAGGGAGGUACAGCAGCAAUAUUUACACGUUUGUCCUGCGCUUUUUACAUGCAGUUUUGAAUGAUGGCCUGCUUUCUGCAUUGAAAACUUAGCUCCCACCUUAAUUCCAUUGGCUUCUUAUCCCAGGAGAGCUGGUACUGGGUCACUAGCAGUGACACAGACACACAGUUACUCCUAAAUUGUGCAGAGUACCCUGUCAGUGUUUCCACAGUAAAAUAUGUAGGAGAUUGAGAGAAGGGUUCCCAUUUUAUUUGAUACAGACAGAAGAGCUUUCUGGUGGAUUAAUGGCCUUUACCGUAUGGACAUGUGAUCCCACUGACCUCUUCAUCCUUUACUCCAUUAUGGUUUGAAGGUAUCAGUGUCACUAGCCCUGCUCACAUGUAAGUCCUGCUUUUACCACUUUUCCUCUCUCCCUUGGCUUUCUGUGACUAGUUAAAGUCUGAACCUUUCCUCAGUGUUAAACUCCACCUGAAGAAAGGCUUGUCCUUCCACCCAGCCAGCCCGUGAGCUUGUCCAGAUGUCACGGGUCAUCCCUGCUCGCAUUUGCCUUCUCCACAGCUACCAGAAACAUUUCUUUGUUUUUGUUCAUUUGUGUUUUACAGUCAGCAAACUUCUUUCUGUUCUGUGGGGAAAAGAACAAACCACAGCCCUUCUUUCCUCACAGCUGUCAUUCCUGCUCAGAAACUUCAGAUUUAUGCUAAUGCUCUUAGAAAUCAUGUUCAGUACUGUAUAACAAGGGGCACUUUAGAAAUGUCUCUCCUCCUUUGAUAUAUGUGUUUUCCCUAUGGAGAAAGCUAUAUAUAAAUAUAUAUAUAUGUACACUUUGGGAUUCAGAAGAUCUAAUUUGUCCCAAAAAAAUCAAUAAAUAUGAA